UUUGUUGUUACUCCAGGUCUGGUGAGCUGUACCUUCUUUCUAGCAGUGAAUGGUCUGUAUUCUUCUAGUGAUGAUGUAAUUGAAUUAACUCCAUCAAAUUUCAACCAAGAAGUUAUUCAAAGUGAUGCUUUGUGGCUUGUAGAAUUCUAUGCUCCGUGGUGUGGUCACUGCCAAAGAUUAACACCAGAAUGGAAAAAAGCAGCAACUGCAUUAAAAGAUGUUGUAAAAGUCGGUGCAGUUGAUGCAGAUAAACAUCAGUCCCUAGGAGGUCAGUAUGGUGUUCAGGGAUUUCCUACCAUCAAGAUUUUUGGAUCUAACAAAAAUAGACCAGAAGACUACCAGGGUGGCAGAACUGGUGAAGCCAUUGUAGAUGCUGCGCUCAGUGCUCUGCGCCAACUUGUGAAGGAGCGCCUCGGGGGAAGGAGUGGAGGAUAUAGUUCUGGAAAACAAGGUAGAAGUGAUAGUUCAAGUAAGAAGGAUGUGAUUGAGUUGACGGACGACACCUUUGAUAAGAAUGUUCUUGACAGUGAAGACAUUUGGAUGGUUGAGUUUUAUGCUCCUUGGUGUGGACACUGCAAAAACCUAGAGCCAGAAUGGGCUGCUGCAGCUUCAGAAGUAAAAGAACAGACAAAAGGAAAAGUGAAACUGGCAGCUGUGGAUGCAACAGUCAAUCAAGUUCUGGCCUCUCGAUAUGGGAUUAGGGGAUUUCCUACCAUCAAGAUAUUUCAGAAAGGUGAAUCUUCUGUGGAUUAUGAUGGUGGACGGACAAGAUCUGACAUAGUGUCCCGGGCCCUCGAUUUGUUUUCUGAUAACGCCCCACCUCCUCAGCUGCUUGAGAUCAUUAACGAGGACAUCGCCAAGAGGACGUGUGAAGAGCAUCAGCUCUGUGUUGUGGCUGUGCUGCCCCACAUCCUUGAUACUGGAGCUGCAGGCAGAAAUUCUUAUUUGGACAUUCUUCUGAAGUUGGCAGACAAAUACAAAAAGAAAAUGUGGGGGUGGCUGUGGACAGAAGCUGGAGCCCAGAAUGAACUUGAGGAUGCAUUGGGGAUUGGAGGGUUUGGGUACCCCGCCAUGGCUGCCAUCAACGCACGCAAGAUGAAAUUUGCUCUGCUAAAAGGGUCUUUCAGUGAACAAGGCAUUAAUGAGUUUCUCAGGGAACUCUCUUUUGGACGAGGCUCCACGGCACCUGUAGGGGGUGGCGCCUUCCCUCCCAUCAGUGUGAGAGAGCCUUGGGAUGGCAAGGAUGGUGAGCUUCCUGUGGAGGAUGACAUUGACCUCAGCGAUGUGGAGCUUGAUGACUUGGGGAAAGAUGAGUUGUGAGAGGCACAGUAGAGGCUGCAAACCGUUUUCUUUUCUUGGGAGCCAGAGUAUUUUUUCAUCAGUGAAGGAACAUUCUUUACAAUCAGAUGAAUCUACCAGUGGCCUUUUAAACCAAGAAGUAGUAUUUGAUUGGUCAUUUGAAAACACUGCAACAGUGAACUUUUGCAUCUCAAGAAAACAUUGAAAAAUUCUAUGAAUUGUUGUAGCCAGUGAAUUGUAUUGUAUUCUAUCACAUAAUAUUUCGAAGACAACUCGGCUGUUGAAACAUUUUUCCUCCCUCUGACUGCUGCUUGAAUGUUCUUGGGGGCUGUUUCUUAUGUAUAGGUUUUUUAAUGUGAUACCUUAAAUUGAAUAUUAAUGGCUUUUUCCAUUAAAGAAUAAAACAAUAUUUUGGACAAUGCUGAUAAA